CGCCCACGUCAAGUUGGUGUUGAUCUUUUCGCGAGUCUUUAAUAUAGGACUUGGACAUACUCCAAAACAAUUUCUACAUGUAGAAUUUACACUAACGACCGAGUGUUUAGUAUUUCUCGAUAGUUCAUGCUGUUCGCCUAGAAAAAUAUGUUAAUAAGUAAACAGUACAAGCACGGAUGUAGCAAUAUUUUUAAAAGUUACAGUGUAAAUCGUUCCGUACCAUAUUAACACUAUUGGAUCCAUUACAGUACGAGUGUAAUAAUGGUAUUAUAAUUCAUAGUCAGUUGUUAAUAAAAUAAGGUUGAACAUGAGAAACUGCGUUAUACUCCUCCUAGGUUUAGGUCUUCUGUAUAUAGUAAUUCAAAAAACUGAAGCCACAACAUGUUGUCCUCCAUCAGAUACAAUUAUGUCAAAAUACAAUUGCAGCAAUGGGUCGGAAAUAACCACAAUUUCUUGCAAACAAAGAGAUUUUAUGUUUGCGACAUUAGAUCGCCCACUUCUAUAUGAGAUCGGCGAAGAUGACGUCUUAAUUGUAACCCGAGAUGAAGAUUUGGGAUUUAUAGUCAUGAAUCCUGACCAGUACUGCGUAGGGUUAUCUGCGGAAAACGAAAGUGAUUUGAUAAUCAUUUGUAUGCACGACGACGAAACAAAACUAAAUGAAACAAUAAGCGUAAAGUGGCAAAUUUUGGGUUACGUAAGGAUGAUUUGCGCACUGGUGUCCGUUUUUUCUUUUGGAUUGAUUGCGUUUAUAUACAUUUAUCUACCAGAAUUGCAAGACAUAGAGGGGAAAUGUAUAAUCAAUUUUUCAAUAUCACUGGCAAUCUGCCAUUUUCUGCAAUGUAUUGCACCAAUAAUUAUAGUCAAUUACGAAGAUACGUGCGACAUAUUUUCUUUUAUGAACAAUUACGUACUUCUAUGUGGAUAUAAUUGGUUAACAGUUAUGUCGAUUCACAUGUGGAGAAUUACUAUGCAACCCGUUUUCCGAAGACAAAUGAACUGGUUUCUUAUUUAUAUGUGCUAUGGCUAUGGAUUACCAACAAUAUUGCUCAUCACUUCAUUAAUAUCUCAUCUAACAAACAAAAUGGAGCUUGAAAAACGGAUUGAAGUUCAAAUGGAAAACGAUGAAUGUUCGCUGGAGAAUUCUGUAAUUGUUUGGUUUUAUUUUUAUGCUCCCCUCGCGAUUUUAGUGUUAAUAUCGACCGUUGUGCAAUUAUGGGCAGCGAAAGUAUUGUGGAUAGACAUAUACCGAAAAGAUAAUCCUUCAGUUGUUUAUCUUCGCAAAAAGAGCCACAUGUAUUUGCACGCUUUAAUUGUAAUGGGAUGCUUAACCGUCGUUGAACUGUCCCUCUAUCCUUUGCAAUCUUCGAACAAAGACGAGAUGCAGUUAGCAUUAUACAUUAUAGAUUGCCGAAAUUUACUCAUUGGUGCAUCGGUGUUCUUCGUCUUUGUACUUUUGAGAAACAAAGUUCGUAAAGCUCUCGCUAAGAAAGGAUUGUGCUGCAUCACUUUUCCAGAUCAUUGGAAAAAAUUAAUAGACGAGGAAAUACAUGAACGAGAUAGAGAAAAUGACGAAACUAGAUUGACCACGAUGGACACUAGAUUUUGAGAUAUGUAUCAGUUUUUGACCUUUAAUCGCGGAAGAAUACAUUUUUAGAUGUAGAGGUCGGGGUCGAUGUCAAGGUAGCCCACUGAACUGAAGGGUAACCUUAACAAGUAUUGCCAUUCCCAAUAAAGUAUUGUUGAAAUUCGAGUAAAGAAUUGGUUACUAAACCUUUGUACUAUAAUUUAAGAAUUAGUAUUCAUUGUAGAAAAAGAAAUAUAUACCGUAGAACUAA